AGAUUACGAUAUUAAUACCGACCGAUUAUUUCUCGUGGAGGAAUUAAUCUCCUGUAUCAUUGAUUUUACAUACAUCAUCAUCAAAAUAGUUAGCAUGCUUGUGUAAACAAAUUUCAUCGUAUCAAAUAUCCAUAUAUUCUUUAUAAAACCAUGUGUUUCCAAACCAUGUGUUCCACGAUCUAAUUCUUUUACUUGAUCGAUCGAGAGAUGUCGAGUAAUUGCAUGCCAGAAAUUUGUCUUGUAAAAAAACAUGAUGAGAGGAAAAUUUUUCGAGGCACGAUCAUCGAGAGAAAGAAGAGAAUUAUCGCGUUUCUUUCGCGAUAGCAUGGCUCAAUUUUGGAAGAUGCUGAAGGAUUUGGAGGACGGGCCACCGUUUUUGUGUCCGAAAUGCGGUCGUACUUAUUCCCACAAGUGCAACUUAACGAGACAUUUACGGUUGGAAUGCGGGGUCGGGCCAAGAUUUCAAUGCGCCUGGUGCAAGAAACGAUUCAAGCAUCGACACCAUCUGAGGGACCAUCAGCGAAUCCAUCUUUACUCGAAUUGCACGUUUGAACUGCGAAAUUGAGAUACUUUCUCUUCCUUCACCAAUUAUCUACACACACACACACAUAUAUAUAUAUUUUUUUAUAUUUUUGUUCAAUUUGUUCGAUUUAUUCGAUUAUUUAUUUUUUUUUCUCCAUAUUUAUUUAUUCUUCGAUCCCUUGUUUAUUUAUUUAUUCGUUCGUUAAUUUAUUUGUUCGUUCGUUAUUUUAUUAUCAGUUGAGAAAGGAAAAAAUAUAUUUUUAUUUGAAUUGUUGUACACGUUGCUUUAAAAGUUAUUUAAUUAGACAACAAUAUUAUAGUCGUUCGAGAGAUAAAUGAUAAUUUUCUCUCUGUUACGAUUACGUUAUUUGCGGAAAUAAUUGCGUGCAGUAUUUUUUUUUUUUUAAACGCUACUUGUACUCGCUCUAAACUUUAAACUUGCUUGUUUAAAAUUCCCAAGUAUACUCGAAGAAACGAGGAGAAGGUACGGUAAAGUUACAAAGUACGCAGGGCAUUUAAUCGAAUGGAGGAAGAAAGAAAAAAAAAAGAGAGCGAAUAUCCAUCGGUAUCGAAUUAAAAAUAUCAAAUUGAUUUCUUUCUCUAAAAGUAAAGGAAGAAAUAAUGCCAUUUUAAAGAGUGUUCACUACGAGAAUAUAUAUAUAUAUAUUAUUUUUAUGCGCAUCGUUGUACAUAAAUAGCUAAAGUACUUAAAGAAAAGAAAAAAAAAAAAAGAAAAAAAAGAAAACAAUGAAUCGUCCGACUU